AUGCCCAUCGCUAUUCACGACGACCUCCCUUCUACCGUCGAGCCAGAAGCUCAAGGCUCCAGCUCCAGCUUUCCAGAUCUGGAGCACUUCCGUGUUCAGGGCAUCCCGCCCGCUGCAUACUACGUGCCGGAGUUCAUCACUGAAGAUGAAGAGGAGUUUCUGCUUCGAAAGAUCGAAGAAUCGCCACAGCCAAAAUGGAAGACUGUCGGGACGGGGCGGAGACUCCAGUAUUGGGGCGGAAACAUGAGCAAGAACGGCGUCCUUCUUCCUGAGCCCUUUCCGGACUGGCUCAUAGGCUUUCCGAACAUUGUCGAGCGGAUCGAACACUUCUUGGCCGAUUCGUCAGCCACCGCUCCGUCGUUCAACCAAGUCCUGAUCAACGAGUACCAGCCCGGCCAAGGCAUCUCUCCACACGAGGACGGUCCAGCGUUCAAGCCACUUGUGGCUACCCUCUCACUCGGCUCCCACAUCGUCCUCGAUAUCCAUCAUUACGCCUCCACCGUCUCCCCUUCACCCCCUAUGACAGCUACGAUAUCGGACGAUGCUACACCUCGCGUGAUCGCUGCGUCUCCACUGGCGCAUCUACUGGUCAUGCCUCGAUCACUGCUCGUACUGUCCAGUAGCCUGUACACGUCACAUCUGCAUGGAAUACGCGGCAAGGAGAAGGACGAGGUGCAUGCCGGGGAAGAGGGAAAGGGGGACAGGAUCGUCAAUGCGGAAUUGCUGGGCCAGGCGGAGAUCGGAGACGCGCUGAGAGAAGGGUCCUGGACGGCGGAACGAGGCGUACGGACGAGUUUGACCUUCCGGACGGCGGAGAAGACUGUCAAGGGAGGAGCAUUCAGUCUGCAUCGAGGAGGGAUGAAGAAGGCAUAG